AUGCCGAAAGCAGGCUACACAGUUCAUCCUCAAAAGAAGGCAGAAGUGUUUCAGUGGUUUGGAAACGUUAAGUAUCCUCACGGGUAUGCAGGGAAUAUCGCUCGAUGUAUUAAGAUGGGGGAAAAUAAGAUUAGUGGGUUGAAGACUCAUGACUGUCAUGUUUUGCUGCAACGUCUUCUUCCCGUGGUCAUUAGACCGUAUUUGCAGAGUGAUGUGGUUGACACGUUAGUGGCUUUGUCAAAGUUCUUUCAGAUGAUAUGCCCUAAAGAGCUUAAAAAGUCUGAUGUUCGAUCAUUGCAAGAAGACAUUGUGUACAUCAUGUGCAAGCUGGAGAGGAUCUUUCCCCCCACUUUCUUUGACAUCAUGAUUCACCUCAUGAUCCACCUUCCCGAACAAGUGUUGCUUACUGGUCCGGUACAGUAUACCUGGUGCUAUCCAAAUGAGAGCGCAUAUCUCAAUGAUGAAGACACAGUGGGGGAAUCAUCUGGAGCGGGUAGUAGCUGGCAAUUCGAUCUAUCAGUUGUUUCCAACGAUGUUGAACCGUACGGCAGGUUAAAUAAUUCUGAAAGAUUAAGUAAUGAUGAGAUCAAAGAGGCUCAUUGGUGUGUCCUUCAACAUUGCGAAGAAGCCAAGCGAUACUUCAAGUCCCAUUUGGAAAGGCAGUAUGGUAACGAAGUCAUACACAAGAGAGAUUUUCCUGAUUACUUCCCUAUUUGGAUGAUGCAAAUUCAACAGGAGUUUGCUGCUUCUUACGACCCGGAGUUGCACUUAUUGGUUGGAGGACCCCAAAUCCACAGAGUUUGUGCUGGAUGUUUUGUGAACGGUGUUAAGUUUGUGACGUCAGAACGAGAUGAAGGCCAUGUCACCCAAAACAAUAGAGUCAUGGUUGAGGGUCUGGGUUUCAACUACUACGGGGUUCUUGUCAGUGUCAUCGAACUAAUCUACGACAACCGUAUGCCAGUCGUGUUGUUCAAGUGCAAAUGA